AUGCCAGCCAACAAAGAAAUGCUGUGCUGUUUAACAAUAUUUCCAAAAGGUUUUGACCUCCUGGAGGAGUUUCGCAUCCCUGAGUCCAGAGGAGUGCAGCGAGUAGACGGCUCUCAGCCCGAGGCAGUGGCAUAUCGAGUCAACCCCUCCAUCCAUUUGCAAAGGACUGUGAGCGAUGUUUACCCAGAUGGCCUCCCGUCCAACUACUCCAUCAUUGCCACGUUCAAGGUCACCAAGGAAACGGCCAAGAAAUCCUGGAACCUUUGGCAAGUCAGCGACCGAGAGGGACAAGAGCAAGUGGGUCUCCGUUUCCAUGGCGACACCCUCCUAAUGGACUUCUUCUACACGAGCCCGCGAGGGAAUCAGAUGCUGAGGACGUUCGAUGGAGUGGAGAAGCUCUUCGACGGCCAGUUUCACAAGCUGGCGCUGAGUGUGAAGGGAAAUCAUGUGAAGCUGUUGAUAGACUGCGAGGAGGUCAAUGUGGAGGUCAUCGAUGAGCCCAGACCCGUGAUCCGCCGGGGAUACACCUCCAUCGUGAAGAGGGCGGCAGCAGAUCGCUCUGUCUCUGUGGACCUGCAGCAGAUGGAGGUGUCAUGUGACCCGGAGCAGGCCUACUCAGAGGGCUGCUGCGAGCUUUCCAACGUGUGCGGGGGCUACGCAGAGAUCGGCCUGACAGCUGGAAGAGCAUCCUGCAAAUGUAUGCACGGACAGGCUGGGGUCCAGGGACCUCCAGGGCCAAAGGGUCACCAGGGUCUUCCAGGGAGAGCCGGAGACGCGGGGAGACAAGGAAACUGGGGAAUCAGAGGCAACACCGGAGACUACGGCAACAUUGGCGAGCCGGGCCCAAAGGGUGAAGAGGGAAUCAAAGGCGAGAAAGGAAUGAGAGGACUCUGGGGGCCGGCGGGAGACAGGGGUCCGAAGGGCCUGAAAGGAUUAAAAGGGGCUGCGGGCUUCAAGGGAGUUCGGGGAUCGCCGGGAGACAUCGGAGAGACGGGGAAACAAGGGGAAGUUGGUGCCAAAGGUGAAAAAGGACAUGAAGGGAUUUCCGGAUUCCAAGGAAUUAAGGGAGGAAAAGGGGCCUCAGGCCCAGAUGGGAAUCCUGGGCCACGAGGAAAGCAGGGCAUUGUGGGAGAUCCUGGAGAGAGGGGAGCCGCUGGAGAGAAGGGGAAGCCAGGAAUUCCAGGGCCUCAGGGUCGGGCCGGGACCAUUGGGCAGAAGGGGAUUAUCGGGGAUCCAGGUUUAGCCGGUCGAGACGGUGACCCUGGAAUAGAGGCUUAUCAAGGCCCACAAGGUCUGACUGGAAAACUUGGAAAAGGAGGAAGCAAAGGGGAAAAGGGGCUCCUGGGUCCAGAAGGCGAAAUGGGUCCUCAAGGUCGGACUGGUCCAACAGGAUACAAGGGCUCUGCUGGGAAGCCAGGCAGACCAGGGUUUAUUGGUCCACCAGGACCAGUGGGACAUAUCGGGGUGCCAGGAAAACCGGGAGCAAAGGGAGACACAGGAAUCCCAGGAAUUCAAGGAGUUAAAGGGGAACAGGCUAAAAAAGGAGCCAAGGGUCCCAAAGGCCAGGCUGGGGGCAGGGGUCAGCCUGGCCCCCAAGGAGGACGGGGCAAUCGUGGCCCAGAGGGCCCACCUGGACGCUCAGGUCCGGUUGGUGCCAAAGGAGUGCGAGGUGAAGCAGGACCGGACGGCUUCCAGGGGCCUCCAGGUCCACCGGGGCCGACGCUUCCUGCGCAACACGUGAUCGAGGUGUGUAAGAAAGUGGUCCUGGAACAGAUGUCCACCUUUGCCAACUCGGUCAAGAGGACCUGUGCCGCCGUCUGCCCUCUGUACGGCGACGUGCCCAUGGGUGCUCCUGGACCACCUGGACCAAAGGGACCCCCAGGACCUCCUGGUGACCCUGGAAAAGAUGGCGCUGAAGGGGAGACGGGCCUGCCGGGAUUCUACGGUGAAGCAGGAGACCCAGGCCGACCCGGAGAAGCAGGUGAACGAGGAGAACAAGGAGAUAAAGGAGCGAAGGGUCACGCCCUGACUGGCUUCACCGGCGACCCCGGGCCACAGGGUCAGCGUGGACGUCCUGGCAGGGCCUUUGAUGGCCAACCUGGACUGCCAGGUGAGCGCGGACAUACAGGUCAGCCCGGACUCAGAGGUCACCCCGGGCUCAGAGGACCCCCAGGGGUCUGUCUCACCUCAGGGUGCGCUGAGCACAGCUCCAACACCGAGACCACUCAGCCUGCACCUCGGCGGUUGAGGAACCGUCCGUCCAGAAACUAAGAGCUGUUGAAUACUAGCUUCAUGAAAUAUAAAGGCGCUUUUGUCAAUUGGCCAUCUGAAAAGGAUUUGAAUGUAAAUAUGUUUCACUGAAGAGAC